CUCCAGUCUCAUCAUUACUACUCCUUCUACAUAUCCGAUCAACAAAGAUGCAAGCCUUCAACAAUCUCGCCGUUUUUCUCUUCAUUACCACCAGCAUUGCAGCUGCAAUUCCCGGUCUCAACAGCCAUGACCAUCCCAGCCUCUCUCCGCGCGACCUUGGCUGCCCGGGUGUUAAAGAGUGUCAGAACCAUUGUAGGGGCAAAGGCUGGGACAACGGUAUUUGCAUUGACCUAGCUCAUUGUCAUUGUAUCCAGCAGUAGGGGCAAGAUGAAGACAUGUCCUGAUUUGGAAUCAAGCAGUCUAUUUAUAGGUCUUCUGGAAGUUUUGUAUCCUUGUCACUAUAUGUUUGAGGUCCUAUUUUGUUCGUUUAAAUGUGAAGGUGGUGAUAUGAAGCACGGAUUGCACAAAAUAAACCACAUAAAUUGUGUGGGAAAAUCAGAAAUACAUUACAAGACUGAUCACAAGUGAAUAUCAUGUUAUCCGAGC